AUGCAGGACGAUAACCCUCGCACACAGCGCCUACCCGUGAACCCGCGCCGCCGGAAAGUUGCUCCAGAGAAUAGGAAGCGCGUGGCUCGGGCGUGCAACAGCUGUAAUGUACGCCGCGUGAAAUGCUCGGGCGACCAGCCUUGCCAGCAAUGUCGAGCGUGCUCGAGAGAAUGCAUUUAUCCUGCCGAGGAGCCGCUGAAAGGAGCUUCUUUGAAAGAGGAGCUAGACCGUCUCCGCAAGAAGUGUGAUCAAUUGGAAAAAUGCCUCCAGGCAGUGCUUCCAGAAAAAUCAGCCAGGGAUAGUUUGCUCCACAGUGUGGAAUACGCAGACACGCCUCCUGCAGCCUCGGUAUACUCGGGAUCCUCUGCAGUCGAUGAUUCAGAGACAACUGAAGGCCGUAUGUUAUUCGACCCCGAUGGUAAUAUGCGGUUCUUGGGGGAAACAUCUGGCGCGACUUUCCUUGACCUCCUCAAGGCGUUCAUGUUGACGCUUGUGCCGUUAGCUUUUGUAUCAGAUCCCGAUCCGGCUAUUCCUGAAGAUGGAUCGACGUUCGUUGCCUCUAUCGGGCGAUAUCAGACUUUUGACUCGCGACCACUCCUCGAUCUUGACGUAGAUCCAUUUUGGCUGCCCACGCGCACAGAAAUGAUCAUGAUGCUGGCUGAGCUGCGAUAUCAUAUCCAAGAUGGCAAUGGAGAUUUCCCUUCCGGAGGCAUCUUCUACUGGGGCGACCUUAGCUCUAUGCCUGAAGCCAUCACUUUGACGAUAUCCCAGUCAGAAGCUGCGACUUCAGACCGAUAUCGCUACCUUGCCUUCAACCAUGUCUCAUUCGCCCUUGCAGCUCAGAUUUUGAACCAGUCGCUGCACCAGGGUGAAAUACAUGCUGGAGAUGCUUACUUCAAAAGAGCCAGGAUACUCAUCGGCAACCCUCUCGACACCGUGCGGUUCACAUUGAGAGAUGUUCCUGUACUUGCUUUGAUGGCCUUCUAUUUGAUUGAGAUUAAUCGCCGCGAUGCUGCCUACGUAUACACGAGCUUAGCCAUGCACAUAGCCGUUACCCAUGGAGCAGCCAGACAUUGCGUAGACGAGGCCAGUAGACGGGUUUUUUGGAGUGUCUUUGUUCUCGAUCGAUGGCUUAGCUGCCUCAUGGGUCGGCCGCCGACACUCGCUGAUGAAGCCAUUCGACUUCCUUUACCACUCGAUGCACCCAAUAUGCCACCUUCGGCCGGUCUUCGUGCUCACGUACAGCUCGCACGUAUCUCAGGAUACAUAGUCUGCGAGACCUACAAGAUCGCACCAAAGCAACAGGACACAAACCCAGCAGCUCCUGAUGUUGACAGGCCACUGAGGAUGCUGCAUGAUUGGCUAAAGCACCUGCCGGCUUCGCUACAGAUGCCUUCGGACCAGCCAAGUGCGGACGCUGCAUGUUGCAUCCUACAUAUGGCACACAAUCAGCUCAUUCUGAUCACCACCCGCCCGGUUCUGCUUACGGCGGUGAAGCGUUCCGUAGCAGAGCGGUACAUGAACGCUUGCAGUAAACUCGAGCAGCAAUCACAAUUCAACCACAUAGAUGCAUGCUCGAAAGCUGCACAUCGCAACAUACACCUGGCGCAGUGGGUCAUGCAGCUGUACCACACGAGGCGACUCCUUCAAGCGGGAUUGCAUUUCGUAUUCAAUGCGGCCGUCAUCCUUCUCCUCAACCGCGUCCUGCGUAACGACUUGGCCCCUUCAAAAGAGAUUGACUUUGCCAUCGACGUCUUCGCCCGACAGUCUCGCAUAGGGACUAACUACGAACGGGACUGUCUGCAAGUUCUGAACGACCUGAAGAUACUGAUUGAGCGAUUCUUGGCUGGAUCGUGUUCAGCGCAACAGAAUUAUCCUGCAGAUCCUACAAGCGCAUCAUCAAGUCUAUUCCACGAUACUCACUUUGACGUCUCGCAGGACCGGCAGGCUUUUGCAACUGACAGCGGCAAUGUGCACCAAGAGCUAAUGGCCUGGAUUCAGGAUGAUAGCUCUCAAUUACACAGUAGCUUUCGGAUCUAG